UAUUGGAUUACCACCAAAACCUGAAAAGAAACCACCUAGAAGUAACCUCGUAAAGGUGUUAAAUACGAAAGGAAUGCACCUGAAAGCAAAGAUUGCAAAAAAAGCUUUAGAAGAAAUACCACAAACUAUCGCAGCCUGA